GCUGGAAGCCGCAAACUGAUUCUAUGUUUUUUGUUCGUUAUCAGAGCAAGUUGAAUUUUUCUCAUGUUAUUUUGAAUUAUUAAUUUAAAUAAUCUUUAAAGCCAGUUAGUAUUUUGCAAGUUAAUAAAACUGUUUCCAUAAGAGAACUUAGCAGGAUAAGUUAAUAGUAAGUACCUGUUUACUACACAGAGUAUAGGCCUAAUUUGAAAAAUGACUGGUCUAAUCAACACUGCUGCAUUGAACACAAUCAACUUGCUAGAAAGUGAACAAUUGGCAACCAUCAAGAACGCUUUGAGAAAAUUGAAUGAAGCUCAUAAAUCCUACUUGCUUUCGGAAAAAAUCAAUGAGGCUCUUGUCGAUUUAUUGGAAGGUAAUGAAUUGAAUGAGGAAAUUUCAAGCAAACUGAGGUCUGUUCUGUGUUCACCUUCAGAUUUGUUAGCAGUUGAUAGAGAUGAAGAGAAUGAUACGUGUUCUAUCCUAGGACUUUCAACAAAUAUUUCCCAUGUAGAAAGAGAUGAAGAGAGUGAUACGCGUUGUAUCCUAGGACUUUCAACAAAUAUUUCCCAUGUAGAAAGUAAUAGGCUCAAUAUUGCAGAAGACUCACAACUGUUCGAAAAAGUUCACAAUAAACUUUUAUCUUGGUGUUCGCAUGGUCAGACUCUUGAAAAGGUUCUACGACAACUUGGCCUAUCAGAUUACCUGGACCAGCCAGGGGAAGCGUUGCUCAGCGACAAUCAGUCCCAGGUGUUGAAAUUGCGCCGCGAUCUGAGUCAGCUGAUCGAUCGCAGAGUGGCGCUCACCCAAGAACUGCAGUCGAUGAUGCAGAUCCAAGAUGAUGCCUUUGUCGAUGAUCUGCCGACAAGUGAAGACACGGCUCCUCCGUCCACAAUGACUGUCAACCAAGUCAUCGCUAGAGCAAGUGAACUUGAACGCAAAACCGAAUCAUGGGUAGCCGGCCUAGAUGUGGACAUGGGUGUGGCGUUGAAGAAGCUGCAUCAAAUGCUGGAUGAGGAAUUCGAAGCCAAGGAGUUGACACGCAAACGACUCGCCGCGAAAUUGGCCGCCUACAAACAGCUGGAGGAGGAGACUGACUUCGCCAGCAUUCUCAAAAACUACUUGAAAGCGAAGAGUGCUGCCUCAAGGUGGAAGUGGACCCUUGAUGAACUGAAGACAUCGUCUGAAAUUAAUAUGUGAUCAUCCGCCAACAUUCUCAAAAACUACGAGAAAGCGAAGAGUACCACCUUAAGAUGGUAGUGGACCCUUUAUGAAUUGAAAACAUCGUCUGAGUCUAUUAUGUGAUCUUCGCUUAACUAAUAGACUUUGUAAACUGAGAUUGGAUACAAACUGGGCUGGAUUGUUGCAUUGUAAACUGAGAUUGGAUUUAAACUGGGUUGGAUUGUUGCAUUGUAAACUGAGAUUGGAUUCAAACUGGGCUGGAUUGUUGCAUUGUAAACUGAGAUUGGAUUUAAACUGGGCUGGAUUGUUGCACUGUAAGCAACUGGAGUUAGCAUCAUUACCUAUUUAUUUUAACUCGGCAGUCAUAAGUCAUAUCUUAAGCAUACCUUGAUUACAUAGUGGUGCAUUGUUCUAUAAAUUAGAUUGACCUGAAGUAAGCAUAGUUAGCUAUCUAUUUAUUUUAACUAGGCAGUCUAUAUCUUGAUUAAGCAAACCUUAAGUAAAUGCAUUGUUCUAGAAAUUACUUACAGAACAACUUGCGUUAGUUCAGUUGCAUAAUAAUUUUUUCAAGCAAUAUAGGAAUGAUUGCUCUUCUGCAAAGUAUACACUAUUUUUAGCAAUUCAUAGAAGAUUGCAUUACUGCAAAGUCUACACAAUUUUUGUUAAGCAAUCUAGGAAGGAGGCUGGUGUAAAUCUGCUAUGCGGGAAAAAAUCGUAGGGUAAUAUACCUUCCGUUAAAACCAUAAACUGAGUAGAAAAAUCCAAUUUAAAAUGAUGAAAACUU